AUGUUCCACAGUGCAGAUAAAUUGACAUUUGGAAAAGCCAUCAAUCUCAUUGUUCAACCCAGUAAGUAAAUUCUCAAUAUGCAAUAAUUAACAUUUUAUUACUGAGUAUUUAGGAAAUGUGUUAAAAUCUAAAAUAUCUAGGGGCGAAAGUUUGUUAAUUUGAGAAAAGUAGCCGAUGUUACAAAUGUUUUGGGAGAAAGCCUUAUAUUGUAGACGAGAUUUGCAAACAGGCUGUGAAUGUGCAACAAAAGCUUUAGUUUUGGACCAAGCUCUCAGUUAUCACACUAUAUUUUUUUGAAUAUUUCAAAUGAUUUAUAACAUUGCUGUACUAUUUAUUGCUGUCUCAUACCAGGUCUCAUAUAAAAUAGAUUUAUCUCAAUGAGCCUAAGCUGGAUAGAUAAUGGUAAUAAUAAUGAUAUAAUCAUUCAGUAUUUCAGUAUAUGAACCACCUAAAUCUACCACACCAAAGGGUUUUAUCUUACAGAAAAUACAGAAUGUUUAAAGUUACAAGUUGAUUUGUGAUGUGGGGCCAGUUCUCAUUUUCUUUGUUUGAUCAUUUAAGUUAUCUGUUAAUAAAUCAACUUUCUAUAUUAUAUGAGGUGAUUUCCGAUGCCCUAAUUUUUACUGAAAUACUUAAAGUAAACUGUCCAUCAGAUCAUACAGAAUAUUUUUUAAAUCUGGAUAUUAAAAUAAAUAUUAGUUAGACUAUCAUUGGACUAUUUAGAUCAGGGAUGGGCAACUGGCGGCCCCCCUUUUGAAGGCUCCAGGAUCAAUCCCCCCCCCCCCACCCAAAAAAAGUUAGAAUAGUAGAAUACACAAGGUGCAAUUUCAAAAUUUGGUUGUGCAUCAGCAGUUUUUCUCUUGUUAUGUCAGUCACUGAUAGUCACUCAAUUAGCCCAUGUCAGCUAAAAAUUUUUUGAUUGCUAAAUUAGUUUAGGUGGCCAGCUAUCUAAACUUUUUAUCAUUGUUGAGUCACUGGCCGGGGGGCCCUUAUUGAUUUUGUUAGUCAGUCUCACAUAGAUAUCAAUCAUAUUAAAACUGUAAACAUUUCUCUACACCAUAUGGUAAAUGUGUAGAUUUGCAAAAAAUCUGCUGUAAAACAGCUCAUUUUCCGCUUUCACCCCAUGGCAAAAUGAAUAGAAUAGCAUGAAAUGUGUUAUAAAAUUGCUAAAUCUUCUCUCCACCCCAUGGCAAAAUGUGUAGAAUUGCAGCAAACUUGCUUUAAAACUGCAAUUAUUUAUCUACAUCCCAUGGCAAAAUGCGUUGAAUUGCACAAACUGUACUCUAAAACUUGGAAAAUGUAACUUUGCUGUCAAGAGGGUGGGCCACAAAAUUGUUUUGCUUGCAAUGUGGGUGGGUGGGGAUGUGGGUACACAGACCCCCGAGCAACUGCGGCCCCAUUAUGAUGAGUUCUGAUUUUUUGUGUUCCCCAUCAAAGUUGCCCAUCCCUGAUUUAGGUCAUAUAUUUGUACCUGUUUUUAAAAUAUAUUGUAUGACAUCACAUUUUAUUUAUGUUUCUGCAUUCUAACCAAGAUGUCCAAGUCAACCUAAACCUAUUGUAUUUUCCAGAUGGAACUCGUGCCCACCCAAUACUGUCCAUCCUCACCCCACUGGGCGAGAGCAGUGGUGAUGACCCCAAGGUCUGCCUGGCUACAGGCUUCUUUCCCAGGGAGGAAAACAUGAAGCUGACCCUGGGGAAUAAUAAAAGUGUCGACCACAGCACAAGCAAUGCAGCUUUAUCUUCCAGACGUACCUACUACUAUGCCGGAUUCUCCAAAGAGAAUAUCAAGCAUUGUGUGAUGGAAGGCAUUACCAAGGCGCACGAUGAGGAUAAAGAUGAUUUUACAGGUGUGUCUUACUGUAAAAAUCUAUAUACAAUAAUAUCUCACAUUAUUACUGUGGCUUUGAACAAUUCAUUAAAUAAGAAUAUUUAUCAAUGAACAUCUCAAUCAUUGAGAAUGGUAAAGAUGGAUGUAAAUGGCAUGAUGAGAAAUAACUUUUAAUAAUCACUUAUUGGCUUUCAGAUAAUACCACGGCUACAACUGCUUCUGUCAUUUGUAAAGAUGAACCCCUCAACAAUGCUACUGCUACCAACCAUACCGGUUGGUGAUACUUUGCUACACUUCCUAAAAACAUGGUGUAAAGUCAAUUGUACUGCCGCACAUUUACUGUAAAAUGCACAAAUGUUAAAAUUUCAGCAAAAAAAGUGUGCAAAACACUGAAAUGACACAACAUUGUUUCUUACAGAUUAUACCAAGAUGAACUUCACAGCCGUGGUUGUGUAUGGUUUGAGAGUGCUGUUUGCCAAAGCCGUGGCAUUUAAUGUGCUAUUUACUGUCAAGGCCCUGGUGUUCUAGGUAAGUGAAAUUAACUCUGUUUUUUUUUGACAGAUUGUUGACAUAAAUUGAUUAACUGACAGCUGUAAAGGAAAAAUACAAUAUAUAAUAAUUUCCUUGAUUGCAUUACAGAAUAAUUUACAAUUAUUCUAUUUACAGACAUAUUUUCACUUGGACUCCUACUUUUCAGUUCUGCUUUGCUUCCAGUUUGUCAAACCUGCCUUGUGGUUUUAUCAAGAGCUUUGUUGUACAACAAUAUUAGUAUGUGACUUUGUUCAGGGUUGAAUGCUGCAAUUCCUCUGUACACAUUUAGGAAAUACUAGAUACUAGAUACACAUGUAAUGCAUGUGAUUGUUUGGGAUUGAACGUUAGAUUACAUUUUAUAUUCUAUUUCAUUUUAUAUUAUGUUUUAUUAUUUACAUUUGCUUGUAUUAUAUCUUUAACUGCAAGUUGUCAUCAAAAGUGUAUAAAGACUCCAGAAAUGAUUUCAAACAAUAAUGUAAAUGUACAUUGAUCAAGUUAUUUACGUGAAUACUUUGCAGUUGUUUCUAAAUGCACAAAACCUGUCAAUAGAGAAUUUAAACCACAUUUUCACCAGUACAUUGAAACCGUAUGAACAGUCAAACCAAAUUAACAGAUUAAGAUCUAUAAGACACCUUGAUUUCCAAGAAAUGGCUCCAUCAGUUACUUUAUUUGCAUGCAUGCUCAAGUAGUAACAAUAGCGAGAAACACACAUAAUAGUGAGAAACACAUGCCUUAUAAUUGUUGAUGAAUUGUAUUAUGAAAAUAAUUUGCAAUUACAUGUGCAUCUGAUAUCAGUCAAACAUUUUAUAAUCGUAUAUGGGAGCUGUAAAUGUAUUGAAAUUAACAGACACUGCUUUUUUAUUCUAAACUAAACCAUAAUGAAUGUGAAAAGAUGGAUGUCUAUCAAAUGACUAAAAUGGUUGGAAAGUAGUAGUCAGACUCCGGUUUACCAGAAACAUUUGCUUAGGACUCAUCAUUAGGCCUACAGAUUUAGUAGAGAUGUGCACAUUUAAAAUUCUGAGAUUAUGUUGCCCCCUGCUGGUUGUACAUUUAUCUUUCUCCGUUGACGUUGUGAUCACUAAAUCACCUGGGCCCAGUUUUUCAAAAGUUAUAUAUCUGUAUUUUGCUUAUUGG